AUGCGGCGGAUGAGUUGCGAGUCGCAGCAGAACAGGAAGCUGUGGCGUGCACUGUUUUUCCAGAAGCUAGGAACACUGGCGCUUGCAACAGCGCAGGACUGUCCGAAACGUAGUCGCCCUGUGCAAUUACCACGGACAGACGGUCAGGACGAGGUGACGUGGGCGGCGGUCGCGCUUCGCCCCUCCCCCGCACGUGCGAGUCGUGUGUCUGAUCCUGAGAUUGCAACCGCAGCUGUUGCGAUGGACGUAACACCUUCCGUUCUUGUUGCUGAUAGCUCCCCGGCGUUGCCUUUGAUUUCUUUGCCUGUGAAUGUAGCGGCCCCCGUGCCUGAUCCGCCGGCUGUUAAUAGAAUUGGGCUACCGAUUGUGUCUGACCCCGCACCGGCAGCUGUAACGCUGUCCGUAUCGGAACCCGUUCCAGAGGCUGCUCCCUCUGUUGUGCCUGAGACUGUGUCUGCUGUUGCCACCGUUGUUGUCGACCGUGAGGGGCGUAAUGACGCCCCCGCGGAACCCAAACCGCGUCGGGAAAGGCCGACUGAGAGGGCUGACAACGUUACCCGCAUUCGUAGCGCUAGUAUUUCGGGUGUUUCUUCUCGUAAGGCGCGAACGCCGUCCCCGGUGGUGACUUGCGUCCCACCCUACAAGUCCACCUCUAAACAGAAAAAAUUGCAACGGGCCUCGCAGCGCGCGGCUGUUGACUGGCGUCAGGCGUCAGCUUCCGAUCGCUGUCGGCAGCGGCCUGCCGCUUACAGUCAACCUGAGGCGUCGGUGAGUUCCGCGGAGUCCAGGAGGGACGAGAAAGUUCGUCACCUCAAGGUUUUACUCACUCAAACGGACCCUGUCGUGGCAAGCGGCACGGCAAUGGACGUUGCUUCGAGCGUGUCGCCUGCACAAUUGGUAGGCAAACGUAAAUCGGACGACUCUCAUUGCCGUCGCAUCCGGCCGCUCUCCCAGGAUUCUGGAUCUGAUUCUGCCGCCGGCGCUGGACCUGCCACGGCGGCUUCUUCCGGUGCCACUGUUCGUAUGGACACGGAGGUGGUUCAGCCCCCCGUGUUUUCUAGUGCAAAGUGUUACUGGGCGGCGGACGUGGAGGUGGAAGAUGUGACUGGCGCCGCUGCCGAAGAACCACCCACGUCGCAACCUACGGUGCUACCGGUGACCUAUGCCGCUGCUCUAGCUUCUCCUACCGCUUUGCAACGUCGCCCGGUCACCACAAACGACGCCACCAACGAGCCCGACCCGACACCGACGGAGAGCACCUCGGACGACCCGCCGCCUCGGCCGGCCAUCGACGCCGCUCCGAAGAUGCCGGCGCAACCCGACGCUGACCCUGGCCUCGGAAACACGAUGGAGAUCGACUCGCUCAUCGUUCCUACAGCGGCCUUUCUGCCAGAACGACGCGACUCCCUUGCGUCGCCGGACACGGAGGGUCGCACAAGGAAACAACGUUCCCCGAAACGUCGCAAGCGAAGACGUCGCACCGUUUCCGGCCAAGAGGAGACGUUACAAGUCGAGGAGGAGGUAACCGUCGACCAGCACGAGGCCUCCGAACCCGCUACUGCUGUCGAAGACGUUAUGAGCGCGGAGGCAUCUAUCGGUGUGCCUGCGCACCGUGCUGACGCUGAACUAAAUCAUGAACGUAGCACAGGCGACACUACACCACGCACAAUUACAACAUCUUCUGCAGACAAAAUGGACGAUACACCAGUUUCCGCUUCCACGGCGUGGCACGAGGAGGAGGUCAAGGAGCAGGACCCGUUACGGUACCCUGCGCCGUCACGGCCGCACCACUAA